GGUUGAGUUAGGUAGCAACGCUAUCGUGCAAUGUGUAUUUUUCUAUUUUGUUGUCAAAAACGUUUUUUUUAAUAUAUUUUGCACUGAUUAUAUAAAAGAUACUGUCUCAAUCAGUGUUUCAGAAGAAGCAACAGAAAUAAAUAUAUAUUUUAAAAGCGAAAACUUUUUAAAUGACAAACGUACGAAGAAAGUAAGAAUAUAUGUGAAUAUUGUAAUAUUGUCAAAAAGCCGCAUUUCUCUUCUCUCUUUACUUCUUAAAAGUGUAUUGAGAUAAUGGAAACGACACCAGAAAUUAUAGAGGAGAGUUGCGAAAAAAUUCAAACCAGUCCUCCGAUACAGAUAGUACGAGUGCCAGUGAAACAUGCUAAUCUAGGCAUACGAAGUCAUGCCAUGGAUAUGAGUACAAUGGUAGAACUGACAUCAUUUAGUACACUUGGAAAGAUACAGCCCUUCCUGGUAACUAUUACGACUACUGCAGCCUUGUUAGUGGAUUUACACUGUCAUUUAACGGACAAGGAAGUUUGUGGCUAUCUGGGUGGACACUGGGAUAUCAAUUCACACAAUCUUUCUAUAACAUGUGCAUUUCCAUGCCGAUACUCUGGCAAGGAGAAGUCAGCUGCAGCAGCUGUGGAAGCUGAAAUUGCAAGAGCCAUGGAAUGGAAACGUGUCACACUGGUAGGAUGGUAUCAUUCUCACCCACGCUCUCAUGCAUCACCUUCAUUAAGAGAUGUGGAUUCUCAAUUAGAUUAUCAGAUCAAAAUGAAGGGGCCUAGUGAUAAUGGAUAUAUACCGUGCGUAGGAUUGAUAUGCUCUCCUUACAAUAUGGAUGGCAAUUGCUAUGAGUCAAAUUUUAAUGUCUUUUGGUCUCUGCCACCACCUGAAAAUAGACCUCACGAGUAUCCUCGACCAAUGCUUCUCAGUUACACAUUAUCACAGGAACAUUUUCUUUCUCAAGAUACUUUGGAGGAGAUUAGAAGAUGUAUAGAAUAUUAUAAGAGCGAAGGUGGCAUCGAUUUUACUGCCAAUUUUAACAAUAAUACAACAUACCUUGAACGUUUACGAUGCUCCCUAGCAUCAAAGUUGCCUGGUCGAAAUAGAUCAAACGGUUCAUACUGGGACGUGAUCAGAGAAAUGAUUUGUCCAGGCUCUGAAGAUGGCAAUGCACCAGAGUUCUUAACUAUGAAAUUUCCCUUGGUACCUUCAUCAGAAUCACUCGGGCCACCCGUUCCACCAGGAGUGGGUCUCACAGCUGGUAACGCGGCUGUUUUCCUCGCCCCGGUCAACUUCAAACCAGACGGCGGUGCCAUAAUCACUCCCACAUCCAAGCCGUUCGUGUUGCAACCGUCGACCUCUCGUGAUGGCAUUAAAAAGGACAGUAUAGGUCCUAAUGAUGCAGCGUCCAUCACGCAGAUAAAAGACGGUAACUCCAUCGUAAGCUCCAAACACAUUUCGCCAUCGGAGAUUAUCCCGAGUUUUCAAUCGGGCGAGCUGACGGUGUCGGUGAAAAACACCAAGUGCGAUUACGAUUUCGCACCGGCGGAUUUCUCGAAACUGUCGAAUCCCCUGGCUGGCGACGGCACCAAGAGCACUCGAACAUCGAGCUCUGAUUUUCCCUUGGCGGAUAUCACGCAGCAAAUUACGAAGUUUUCGGAUCUGACGAAGCUGGCGAAUUUCUCCACUGCCGAUCUGGCGAAACUGUCUGGCUUCUCCAUCGCGGACUUUACGCGAACCACGUCGCCCUCGCCAUCUACGUAUAUGCGUAACAUUGCGAAUCUGUUUAGUCCUCUUGGCAAGAUCUCGCCGGCGAAGGACAUGGAAGGUAACGAACGCAAGAGUGACUUCGUUACCGUCGACGCGAUCCCGUCGCCCUUCAAAACUGCCGCCUCAGAGGCUUGCAGAAGUUUCUCGGCUGAAGAUUAUACGAGCGAUCGUAAGAAAUUAGAGGUACAGGCCGACUCCGCGAAAAUCGGCAGACCUGGUGAACAUCAAGGAACGGAAGAUCUGACAAUAUCGAGUGUCAAACCUGACUUUGGAGGCAUGUUGGAUAUGACGAUGCUGCAUAAGAAGCAACCGUCGUCCCAAUCGGCCGACAUGGGAGAUUCCUUAAAUCUUUCCAAGGAUCGUUGAAUCUGUGUAAUAAUAUACUCGAAAACAUUGCAUUAACGUACAGUUAUGUGUAAGAAGAUCACCAUAUAUCUAAGAAUCUUAUAUAUUUGUACAUUAUUUUAAUUGUUUUUUUUAAUAAGGAGAAUUUUAUUGAAAUUAGAAAUUUCCAUGACAAAUAAUUUUCUCUAUUGCAUUUGAUAUUUCAAAAUUUAUCACAAUAUAAUCACUAUAUGUGAAUAAUAAUUAAUAAGUUGCA